CGACCGCUACAGCCUUUGUAACAGCGCCUCGGUUUUUUUUACAUUCUCUCUGACUUAUAUAGAGCUCUCAGUCUGCUUUUGCCGCCCGUGUCCUCUGCUGAACCUUGUAUCCACCACAGACAACAUAGAAAUUGUAUCCACUCACGAUGCCUGCUUUUCCUUCAUGGCGCGCCUUUCUCGUCUCCGUGCUCCCUCUGCUGCCUACUGCAGCGUGCUACGACAUGGUCCGCGAGUACUCGGGUCAGAGUUUCUUUGAUCGGUGGGAUUUCUACGGGAGCUGGGACAACCUGACCCUCGGUGAUGUAUGGUGGUUGGACCGGACCUCUGCGCUCGAGCAGGGUCUUGCAUACACAGAUGCUCAAGGCCGGGCAGUGCUCAAGGUCGAUAACCACUCGGACGUCCCGUGGAACCAGAAGCGGAACUCGAUCCGCAUUACUUCUCAAGAUUCUUAUGGCGUCGGCAGCCUUUGGAUCAUCGACCUCACGCACAUUCCAUAUGGCUGUUCCGUUUGGCCCGCAUUCUGGACCAAGGGCCCCGUAUGGCCUGAUAACGGCGAGAUCGACAUCAUCGAGGCCAUCAACCUAAUGCCGAACAACCAGUACGCGCUGCACACACUGCCUGGGUGUGCGCAGACGCCCGGCGCGUGGCAGACGGGCCAGUCAGGCACGAUGGACUGCUCCACCGCGAGCGGGUGCAUCGUUGCUGAGGCCGCGCCGAACAGCUACAAUGAGGGCUUUGCACAGGCGGGGGGAGGCGUGUGGGCGACGCAGUUCGAUGUCGCAGGAAUAUUUAUCUGGUUCUGGAGCCGUGAAAAUAUCCCCCAAUCCAUCCUGCACGCAACCUCCACCUCGGAGAUUGACAUCACGGACUUCGGCACCCCUUCCGCAAGCUACCCCGCUUACAGCUGCAACGUCCCGCAGUUCUUCAGUGCUCAGCAGCUCGUGCUCGAUAUCACUCUCUGUGGACAAUGGGCUGGGCUGUCGCAAUUCUACACCCCUCAAUGCGGAGGUUCCGGUCCUACCGGCCGCUGCUACGACGACAACGUCGUCGGCCCCGGGUCCCCCAAAUACGACAACGCCUACUUCGAGAUCUCCUACAUCCGCGCCUACACGACGGGUGCGCCCGCCCCCACGCCCGCCGCCAGCGGCGCCUGGUCGAUCCCGAGCGGACAGACCGUCGUGCCAGCCGUCGCAACGCCCACGGGCGCGGGCGCCGCCGCGUCGACCGGGCUCGCGGACACCGCGAACACGUCGCCGAAUGCCGCUGUCGGUCGGACGAGCCUCGGGGCGGGUGCCGCGGUGCUGGCGGCGUGCUUGACGGACUGGGACUGGAGUCUUUUAAUGCGGAGCGGUUGGGACUGGCUGCGAUAACUCUCAGCUUGAGAAUACCUUACGAUUGUUUUCAUCGCAGUGCGCCCCAGAGGCUGCCUAGAUUUAUCAAUAGAUGACUUCUGAUGAU